UUCACUUAUACGAUACAUCAAAAACAUAUUAAGUUUGUGCCGAGGUCAUCAAAUGCCAUUUGUUCCCCUGUCACCUAAUUGCUGCAUGAUAUCCGUCCUAUCAUCGCCGCAGUUGACCGUCAACGUUAUGUUCUUUCGCGGGGUAACAUCCUCUAUAUAACCGAUACAUCGGUAUAAACUCUGUCCCGGCACAGCGGCGGACGCCGAUAAACCCGUCACUUGUUGAUGUUUCUUACUCACAGCUUCUACCGGUUUUAUCUGGGCCGCCGGAAUGGCGGCGCCACCCUUCGAGCCAGUGCCGGAUGCCUCCUCCUACACCGUCCUCAGCCGCCGCCUCCUCCGGCGGUUCCUUGACGAACACUUCGCCACCCCGCUCGACCUCUCGAAACUCCCAUCCCUAACCGCCCAGCUCGAUCGGGAAUGCCGCGACCUCGAAGGGGACCUGCGCUGCCUCCUCGAGGACAGGCUGCCCUCUAAGGCCUCCAAGUGGCUCUCUCGCUCCAACGAUGCCCGCCGAAUCCUUCACCAUCUCGGUGGUUUCGCACCUUGCUCGCCUCCAGCUUCGGUUAGAAGGAUGGUAGAGAUGGACAUACCCUUGCUUGUGAAAGAAGUCGCUCGGAUUGAGACGGUUCGCGUUUAUGCUGAAUGUUCUCUUCAGUUAGAAGCUCUUGUUGGUGACCUUGAAGAUGCAGCAUUAGCUAUAGUUAGCCAAGCCUUACCAGAUAAUAUCUUGUCAAAUCUUUCAAGUGUGCGAAGUUCUGCGUUGCAGGAUAUGCCAGGGAAACAAGAAAAGCUGCUGCUUGCUGUUAAAAUCAUGACAUCUAUAGAGGAUAAACUAGCAAGUAUUUCAUGUCGUAGGCCACAAUGGACUCAUCUCCUAAUGGCUGUUGAAUCUAGGGUGGAGAAGGCUUUAGCAAUUAUGAAGCCACAGGCCAUAACACAUCACCGGGCUAUACUUGCCUCACUUGGAUGGCCACCAGGCCUCUCAUCAUCUAAAAUAGAAAAGGACAAAUCAUUUGAAACUUCAAACCCCCUUGUUCUGAUGCAAGGAGAAAACAAAGCCAUAUAUUCUCAAAGCUUUCUAGCAUUAUGUGCUUUGCAGCAACUUCUGGUUCAGCGAGAACAGAGAAUAUGUGCUUUUUCAAGAUCUCAUAAGAUGUACAGAUCAGCAGAUGGUACUGAUUUUCAUAGAUAUUCUUGUCUUGACAAUAGUCUAUGGACAAUUGAUGAAUUAGUGAACCCCAUUGCUUCAAGAAUAGAGCAUCAUUUUCAUAAAUGGUCUGAUCAACCAAAGUUUAUUUUUGCUCUUGUUUUCAAAAUAACUCGAGAUUUUAUGGAUGGGGUGGACCAUGUGUUACAACCUUUAGUAGAUAGAGCUAGACUAGUGGGUUCUAGCGCCAGAGAAACCUGGGUAAAAGCUAUGGUUAAAAUGCUUUUAGACUACCUAGAAAAAGAAGUUUUUCCUGUCCUUGUUAUAAGAUAUGAAGUUAGAGAUGGAUUCUUGGAGGUUAACACAUCAUGGCUUCAUCUUGUUGACCUCAUGAUUACCUUUGAUAAGCGGAUGCGAGCUCUUGCAACUUCAGGAAUGCCACAAAUGGAAUUAUUUCUUGAGUUUGAAGGUAUCUCUGGGUCCUCAUCGAUGUUCUCAAUUUUCAGAGAGCAUUCAGAUUGGCUUCAGAUAUGGGCUGAAAUAGAGCUUGAGGAUGCCAACAAGAAACUGAGACCUGAAUUAGAAAAUGAAACAAGUUGGCUGGUUUGUACUCGUCAGAAAAUUUUGUCCUUUCAGGAAGAAACUGAGUCAUUUCUUCUUUCAAACAGAGAGGACUUCAAAGCUCCUUCUAUUGCUGAUUCUGUUGUUAAAAUUGUAUGGCAUAUGGUUGAGAGGGCUGAGCUUCUGCCAACUAAGCCAAUGAAAAAUCAAUUUAUCAGGUCUUCUUCUGUCGUAUUCUUAAAUGAUUUUUUCCUUUUCUUGGUUCAACGCUGUCAGAGUGUAGCAUUGGUUGAUGCCAAUCUGGAAGACGAUGAUAUGCUAAGACUGGCUGGUUCCAUAAAUGUUGCUCGAUACUUCGAAUUUGUUUUGAGAGAAUGGAAUGAAGACAUCAGGUUCUUGGAGAUCGGUGUUGCUGAAAGUGAUUACAAGAACGAAGACCAACACUCACUUGGUUCCUUUUUCAAAGAUGAAAUUAUAUAUUUGGUUAACCUAGAGACUGAUUUUCUUGAGGAAAUAAUGUCUGCCAUUUUACUGCAGUUUGAUACUCUCUGUUGGGAUUACAUUGAUAACAUUGAACAGUUGGGAAUGGAGCAACUUGAACAGCAAGAUUCAGUUCUUGAUGAACAAUGUCCAUGUGUAUCGUCAAGGUUUGUUGAAGCACUAGACAUGCUGAAAGACUGUCUGAAUAUCUUGAGAUUAACUCUCAAUUCCAUAGAUUUUCUUGACCUAUGGAGAAGCAUUGCUGAUGGGCUUGACCACUUCAUUUUUAAGAGCAUCACUCUCAGUGGCAUUAAGUUAUCAUAUGUGGGAGCCAAACAAUAUAAGACUGAUAUGAGUGCCCUCUUUCUAAUUUUCAGUGCAUUCUGUGCCAAGCCUGAAGCUUUCUUUCCACGCACAUAUGAUUCUUUAAAGAUAUUGACCAUGGAUCAAAAAGAUGUGGCUUAUCUUCUUAACAUCAUGGCAGGGGAUGAAAGAAGUAAGGAAGAGUUUUUGAAACUCAGAGGACUAUUCCAUGUAACUGUUAAUCAAGCUGAAAAGAUUCUGAAAAGCAGGACAUUCAAGGGUUAAAUUGGAGGGUAAAAGAGUUCUUCAGACAUCUGCUGAUAUAGACAGUUGUGACCAAAGAUAAGUUGAUCUAGUGGGCAUAAUACAUAUCGGCUUCUGUAUGUGAUAUGUCAUUCUUUAGUAGUCCAUUGUUCUCAAAAUAAAGGAGUUUCACAAUACUACUUGUUUGCGAAGACAUCGUCUGAUACACAUGAACAAAUGUUCGAAGUCUGAAUGGAGGGACUUGUUGACAUUCUAUUAUAUGAUAAGCCAAGAAUCUCUUCUCAGAAACCCAGUAACUUGACAACCCACUUUUUGCUUGUGCUACUUCUGCCACUGAGCCUAUAAUACAACAUAGCAGGAUGUUCAAACAGGAUCUGCUUGUGCUGAAGCAUUGGACAUCAACAUGGAAGUCAAAUCAUACCUGAUAGUUGCCAUCUUCUCCAUCAUUAACUGGCUGGAAGUUCUUCAUGUCAAGGAUAGCAUGAGAAACAUGCCACAAUUGACUGCUUCCAUAUGAUCGGCACUUGUGAAGAAAGGCACAACCCGGUAUCUUCAGCGGUUGAAGUGUAGACAGCAGUAACUGGUCUGACAAGAACUGUAAUUUUGGACAAUAGCAGAUCUUAAAAUGUUCAAGAAAAGUAGGAUUGUGAAGUGUCAAUGGGCAUGAUUUCUCUUCUCAACCUGACAUGCAGUAGUAAUCUUCAGUUUCUGAAGCGAAGGCUCGAAGCGCAGAGGAAUUAUAUCAAAGUUCUUUGAAUUAGAGAUUUGCAAAGACUGAAGCCUUUUCAAGAGAUCUUGAGGCAGUGACGACUCAUCACGUUGCCACAUUUCUGAAGUGAUAACUGAAGGGAGACUUGGUGGCACGUUUUGAGAGCAGCAAAAUGUAUCAACAUAGCUUGUCAUAAUGUAUCAGUUCCAACUGAUGCAGCUGAUGAAAGUCACCAUCCUAUACUCCAGACAACUCUUCCAAUCUGUACAGUCUUAUCAGUCUCCUUGUCUCCAGUGAAAAAAGAUGGCUUCUUCAUCUUCAUCUUGCCAUUGCCACAGGAAUCACAGCCACUGUGCCAGAUCACUGUCAUUUUCUAUUGAGAACUGCUCGAGGGAAGGCAAUUGCCCAUGUGGUGGUAAGAUUUUUGCAUUUGGUAUAAGGGUAACGGAGGUUGAAUUAUAGAAAGAUGAGUCUCCAAUUCAUUUGAGAAACCUGCUGCCACUAUAACAUUCUAUAACCAAUUCUGACAGGUUGGUAUUAGACUGAAAGCUUUUGAGAAUAUGCAUCAUAGUCUCCUCUGCUGAGACUGUUGGCCUUUUUACAGUGGAUUCAUUCUUCGUCUCCUCAUCUUUCAAGUAUGCAAAGCUGCAUCUCUGCAUCUAAGCUACCUAAGAAGGAGAUCCUCUCAUCCUCCCCAGUUACAUCAUAAGAAGGUGCUUCUUUAAUGUUCGCAUCUUCUUCAUCAAAUAAAUCGAUGUUACAGAUCCAUUCAUCAUCUUUGUUGUUUACAAGAAGAAUAAUUUAGGUCCUUGAUGCAGGCUGUCAUUAGAUUCCCAUGAAGAUAAAAUCCAGAUACAGCCCGGACAUGCAUAGUUCUCCUCUAAUGUUUACCAAAUCCUUCAACUCUUUUAGUACCCAUGGUUCAUCUUUACCUCUAAAGAAAAUGCAACUCCAUGAUCCUAUGCUUGUCAGCCUCCCAAGUAGUCCUACUGGUUCAGCUUUGUUAUAUGACAAAAGAUUAAGAUUAUAGACAGCUUGGGGUUCAUCUUACGGAAUGAUGAGGGUACUUGCUGCUUGGCAAGUUGCAAAAUUGUUCAUGACUCAUCUUGGGUGGUUAGGGAAGGAGUUAGACUUGCACUACAAAGUAAGCUUGGAAAUGUAACUUUGGAGCUAGAUUCUCAGAUCAUAGUCCACUGUCUUGCCAAUGAGGAAUCUCCCUCUUGGAAGAUAUUAAGUGUUGUCAAAGAUAUUCAAUAUUCAAUGGUCAAAGGAUCAGUUGGGAAGUUUUUCUUGCAUUUGUUGCCUUAGGGAAUGCAAUCAAGCAGCAUAUUGUUUGUUGUUCAAGGAAGAUAUAUGAAGUUCGAGGCUGGAAUAUGAACCAUGAAGACUGACAUGUUUUGGAACGAACAGCUUCCUUUGGAUCUUACAUCCAUUUUUUCUAAAGUGACCUUAGUAGAUCAUCUUGUCGAUUUUGAAAAGCUAAUAUAGUUUUCCUGGAAAAAGAAAAGGUUACAGACAGAUCAGAGAUUAAGAUGAGAAACCAACAGCUGUGAAGAGAUCAAUGGUACUUGAUUAUGAACACAUAAGACAAAUGGCCUUGUACAUGAGAUACAAGUAAAACUGAUAUCAAGAAUGCCAAUGGAAGUCACAAAAACAGAAAUGCAAAGAUGGAGCACAGCAUAGCAGCACAGGCACAAACUUUGCUCAAAAACUGUCAAAGAAAUGGAUGGAUCACAUAACAUUCACUGCAAAAACAGUAUGAACUGAGUGUGCUCCAUCUGACCAUGUUAUGGACCCAUAUCCAUAUCCUUUACUUGCAGCCUUGGCAUCAAAGGUGACCUGGUAAGUGGCCUUCAUCCAUCUCUUGGUGAAGACCAGUCUCUCAGGUGAGACCUUGACUAUCAAGCCACUUGGAGCAUCCACUGUUGCAGAGUAUGUUGAGUUUGGUGGCCCAACAUUGGUGACUGUUCUGCUGACUGUCCUCGCAGUCUGCUUACCUCCUAGCUUGGCAAUGGAGGUGGAGGGGUAGUUGAGGUUGGAUAUGAGAUCUGGUGAGGCGUUGGGUGGACAGCUGAAGCUGGUCCCAGAGAUGGAUCUUAUGGCUUGGUUUUUGUAGCCAUAGUAGCAGAGGAAGUGCAGGUAGUCCUCUGUGGUGGUCUCAAAAACUAAGCCUGGACUUAAGGCUCUGAGUGGACUUAUUUCCCCUGCUCCCAUGUCAUGGAAGCUUGCAAUGGCCCCAGAGUUGCUUGUGAGGGGCUUCCCAAGGUUGUUGGUUAUGAUAGCUGCACAACAAGGAACAAAUAAGACAGUGGUCUUUUGGUCAGAAUAGAGAGAGAGAGAGAGAGAGAGAGAGAGAGAGAGAGAGAGAGAGAGAAUAGUUUCUUGUAGGGCAAAAAAAGGUCACCUGUUGUCAUGAGUGCUGAUCUUAUCAUUGAAGGAGACCACCUUGGAUGAGCUGAUUUCACAAAGGCACCUGCACCAGCAACAUGAGGGCAGGCCAUGGAGGUCCCUGAUCUGAUGGCAAAGUUUGAUGGUUUCUUCCCUACCAGAACAUCUCCACUGUCAGAUGAAGGAAUUGAUGCUGCAAUAAUGCUGACACCUGGAGCCAUCACAUCAGGCUGUUUCAAGAAAGAUUGGAUGAGAGAGGUCACCACUUGUACACAUCUGUUUAUGCCAUCUGAAUCAAGCAUUAGAAGAAUCCCAAACCUUAAGAAUGGCUUCAGUGAGUCCUCCAGGGCCCCUGGCUGAGAAGUACGCCACAACUGGUGCUGGUUUGAACACUUUUACUUCCUCAGCUGGUAGAAUGACUGCUGAAGGCUUUCUGCAUUCAUCAGAAAGGACUAGUCAGGUAUAUAAAAUGAAUGCUAUAUUAGUAACUUCCAUGAGUUCAAAACAUAUAUUUAGCAUGAGACUCGGAUAGAUGUCUUUACAGCUUACUUGGUAGAGUUUAUGUACUUAAGUAUCUGAACUCCCACAUCAUUUUCAACCUCUGAGAAUGGGAAGCUGCCAGAAUCAAAUGGCACACCUCUUUCUGCCUCAUCAACUAGGAUCAGGCCUUUAGCUCUAGCUCCUUCAGCCACCAACUUCUUUAUUCGUCUUGUUACUGUUGGAUCAGUGUCGACACACACUAUUAUCUUCCCAGCAGCUUUAUCAGCAUCAAGCGAUCCAGGAUAGCAAUUGCUAUGGAACAAUUGCAUGAUAAUCAAUGUUAUGAAUAAAUAUUGUUAUGCAUAAUGCAUGAUUCUAUGAGGAAGAUUAUUGAAUUCGAAGAAAUAACUAUGCAAGCCAUUAAGGUACCUUGCUUCUGAUAUUGGUGUAGAUUCUGCUGCUACGGCUCCACCGAAUACAAGGGGAUAUGAUUCAGAUCGAUUAAGAUUGGAGAAAUUUAUGGCUGUUCCCUGUGAACAUUGGAAAAUUUUCACACAUUAUGAGUUUGUCUUGAGACUAAUUUCCUAAAGAAUUCAGAAUGAGUUUGUCUAAAUUUGGUCUGUUUAAGAAGCUAUUUCUUGGCCAUUUGAUCUAAAGAUGAAAGAGAAUCUGAAGUCGUAUUAAGACAGAUGCAAAAGAGUAGGAUUUCUAACUUACCUUGAACAUAUUUCCAUUACCAAGAACUAUUGUUGAUUGGAAAUUCCUAUCAAUGCUUGAAGCUGCAACUGUUAGGAUCCAUGGAGCUGAAUUGACCACAGUGUAAGGAUCUGGUCCAUCAUUUCCACCCGAACAGAUGACCAACACGCCUCUCUGGUGAGCAUGGAAUGCACCAAUAGCUAUGGGGUCGCUAAGAAAAUCUGACUGGAACACAGAGCUCAUUCCUAUUGAUAUUGAGAUCAUGUCGACGCCAUCAUCAAUAGCAUCAUCGAUUGCUUUCAUUACAGUUGAGCCGGCACAUCCACCAAGUGAGCAUGCCUUGUACACAGCGAGCCUGCUUGAAGGAGAACCUCCCUUGGCCACCCCCUGUGCAAGGCCAUAGUAGCUAGCAUUUGGCACCAUGGAGCCAGCAGCUGUAGAUGAUGUGUGUGUGCCAUGGCCUACAGAAUCCCUUGGUGAUCCAAAAGCAUCUACUUUGAUGGCAUGGGAUCCAUUUGAUGGAGGUUGGAUCGAUUCUGGUUGGCUGGUGUAGUAUCUUGCACCUAUCAGCUUCCUACGAAUUCACAGGAGCUUAAACAGAG